AUACAUUUUGAUUUCCUCAAUCUCAUGAUGAAGGUCAAGAACAGAAAACAAAAUUUACUAUUAUUUUUUGGAAAAUUAUUAACAAUCUGUUCAUCUAUAAAAAGACUCUUGAAAUAUAUGCAGAUAUAUACAGAUGCCUAACUAUAUCAUAAUAUGCGGACCAUUUCAAAUUUUGAAGGAAUUUAAGGAAAAUACUUCCAAUUAAUUACGAUUGGUCGACAAAUUUAUACAUGGUUUACAUUUUACAUAUGAGGAAUUAAUUUAAUAUAUGUACGUGACUUUUUACUUGUAGUACGGUACUAGAAAUGUUUGUUUACUGUCCUGAAAGUUUCUGAGGUUAUUUCUUCGUUUACUUUUAUUAUGGACUGAGCCUAGAAAGACAUUAUAUGAUUUAAAGAAAGCAAAAGACAGUUAGUGAUCGAGAUUUUAAUGAUAAACUAUAAGGACAACUGGAAAUUUGGAAGAGAUGCUAAAAAAGAUAUCAUUGCUGCUGGCUCCGAUUGUUUCUAUGGUAGUUUGGGUCUCAGGAAAUAAUGAAUGGAACAGUGGGUCCUUCUGUCCUGAAACGCCAUGUGUGUGUUGGAGUCCAGAAACCGCCGACUGUUCAUACAGGAAUCUUAGCUCUAUUUCCUUUCAUCUCCCCUCCAGUAUUAAAAACCUAAUUCUAACAGGAAACAAGUUUUUAAGUGUGUUGGAUGAUAUGUUUGUAAAUUUAAGUACUCAGAACAUAACAAGAUUAUCAAUGGACCAUUGCCACGUAAAUUCCAUUUUCCCACGAGCCCUUGAGUAUCUUGAACACUUAGUUUUUCUGGAUUUAUCUUACAAUAAAUUAACAUUUUAUAAUCUUGAAUCUGCCAUGUGUUUGCUUAAAACGUCACAUCUUCAAAUUCUCAAUAUUUCUGGAAAUAACUUGUUUAAUCUAGGUAGUUUGAUAUGGCUUUUUCAGUGUGUUUGGCUCAGAGAUUUAAGAGAAAUUAGUAUGACUCGGGGAACCAUAGAAAUUCCCGAAUUCGAAUCAUUUUCUCUGCUGGAAAAACUUGAAAUCUUGGAUUUGCGUCAAAAUGAUAUCUCCCAAAUUAUUGAAUAUAAUAUUACUAAUUUACAAAAUUUAAAUUUAGCUGAGAAUAAAAUACAAGAGCUUCGAAUUUUACGUUUCUCUAAUUUAAAAGUUUUAAACUUGUCAAUGAACAAAUUAUCGGAAAUAAACGAGCUACAAGAAAAACUAUUUCUGCCUGAACUUGAGUCCUUGGAUUUGUCCCAUAAUCCAAUUACCAAAAUACAACCGUUAACUUUUGAGCGAUGGAAAAAAUUAAAAUCAUUAAAAAUUGACCACAUCAGUAGUGUUAUAGCAGACAGUUAUACCUUUGCAUCUAAUUCACUAGAGAUUCUUUCUGUUGGCAAUCUUGCAUAUUUCAACAAAAACAUUUUUAAUAACUGUCUUCAACUGCAAUAUUUAACUAUUUUGAACACCGACUUUUCCGAUGAAAAUUUUACAGAUUUUUUACUACCAUUAAGAAGGCUUAUUAAAGUUAAGAUAUCUUACGGUAAUAUCAAAUAUAUUCCUUCUCUCCAAAACUUUUCAAAAUUAUUACAUCUUGAUUUAAGUCAAAACAACAUCAAGAACAUUCACGGCAGUGUAUUUGACAAUCUGAAAAGUAUUCGCAAUAUUGUAUUGCAUCAUAAUUUCUUUUCUAUAGUAAGAGAUAAUUCAUUUCCUUCUUUUGUUUGGAAGAACAAAACCAUUUCUCUUGAUCUUUCCUCAAACCCUUUCGACUGUGGAUGUCAAAUAAAAUGGUUCGUACAAUGGUUAAAAAAUAACGAAGAAAGAGCAGAAAACUUUCCUGAUUUGUACAAAUGUGUUUCACCAAGUGAUAAGCGCGGUCUACUUCUUGCCAGUUUUGAUGACUCAGAAUGCCAUCGUCCAAACCAAUAUCUAAUACUUUCAUUUACAAUCGGUGGGUGCUUAUCAAUCAUCUGUUUUGCAGUAAUCAUUAUAAGAAAACUCCGCUGGGAUAUAAAAUAUUACAUUCAUAUCUACAAAACCAAGAAACCAUUAAAAUACAAGCGCAUAUUGGAUGAUGACGAAUUCCUUUUUGACGGAUUCGUUGCUUAUAACUCAAAUGACAGGCAGUGGAUUAUGUCCGAAUUUAUAGAAAAGUUAGAAAAGAAAUAUAACUUCAAACUUUGUCUGCAGGAAAGAGAUAUCCUUCCAGGUGGAAUAUUCGUAAACGACAUCCAUAAUAAUAUUGAAGCUAGUCGUAAAUUUAUUUUGGUUUUGUCUGACAAUUUUAUGAGUGAUCAGUGGUGUAGAUAUGAGACAUUGAUUGCAAACCUUACAGUAGUAGACGGAAGACCCGAAAAGGUACUUAUUGUUCUACUAGAAGAAAUCAGUUCCCAGUAUAUGACAAAUUCAAUGAAAACUUUGAUGAAAUCAACUGUUAAUCUAGAGUGGACGGAAAAAGAAAGCGGGAAAAAAUUAUUUUGGACAAGAAUUCAAGCAGAAAUGCAACAAUAAACUUUUUUUAAAAUAGAAGUAUUGCAUAUAUAAUAUUGUUAUUACAAUUUUAUAAGUAUUUUUUUUAUAAUUACAACCAUUUAUAUGUCGAUUGGAUACA